AUCCCUGUCCUGUUUCAACGCUCAAUGGUCGUGUGUUGUCUUCUCUAGUUUUCCACAUUCUCACACCCUUUCAUAAUACGUAUGAAGGGUCUCCAAGGAUUAAGACAUCAAUCAUAACCAGAACAUUCAACACCUGAAAAAUGAGUCAAUUGUCAUCUGGGAUUGUUUGCAGUGGCACCAACUCUUUGGUACCAUUAUUAUCAUUACCACCACCAUCUUCAAUUUCUUCUUCUUCCUCAGCUUCCUUGUCUUUUAGCAGAUUCAUCAAAGGGAAAGCACUGGUUUUGGAUUACUGGGCAGUUAAUAAAAAUUGCUAUAAACGAAGGAGAGGACAACAUGUAAUUCAGGCAUCAAGCGAGUUUGCUUCUCAAUCCAUCUGGGAUGAUUGGAAACCCCCCAAAGCGUCUUCCACUCCUUCCUUCAGCGAGAUUCUAUGGCCCUCUGCAGGGGCAUUUGUAGCUAUGGCAAUGUUGGGAAAGCUGGAUCAGUUAUUGGCACCUAAAGGACUCUCAAUCACAACUGCUCCAUUAGGGGCAGUUUCUGCUCUCCUCUUCGCCACGCCUAACGCUCCUUCUGCCCGGAAGUACAGUAUAUUCAUGUCCCAAAUAGGCUGUGCAGUCAUAGGUGUUUUGGCCCUCACAAUAUUCGGACCUGGAUUGCUGGCCAAGAGUGCUAGUGUCGCAGCCUGCGUUGCUUACAUGAUUUACACCGGCACGGUUCAUCCCCCAGCCGUAGCCAUGCCAUUGAUUUUCAUUGAUGGAGUUAAGUUGCAUCACUUGAAUUUCUGGUAUGCUUUGUAUCCAGGGGCUGCGUGUUGCAUUCUGCUCUGUUUGAUUAAAGAGGUGGUUCUAUACUUGAAGCAAAAUUUCAAAUUUUGACCUCUACUUUGCAAAGCUGAAAGAUACAUCUCUCCUAAGGUAGCAAAGAAGCUACCUACACUUCUGCUAUCUCUUCUAAUUUCAUUUACUGAAGGACCAGUAGAACAUUCUUUGAUCAGAAUUCAGAAUCGGUGAGUAGUAAGCAUGUCCGGAUCAAAAUAAAGGUUUGUCCUAGAUUUUUAUUCCAGAAGCAAGGCUCCAAUGGAAAUUGGAUGGUUCUAAGUGUAGCUAGCAAGUUGCAAAAUAGUACUGGUAAUGUUAUGGGUCAUCAUUCAUCAAGUCCGUUGUAUCUGAAAAUAUUUGUUAAUAAUUACUUGUAAACUUUUGUAUAUCUAGUUUGCCUCCUUUGGUAGACACAGGGGAAAGCUAUAUAUGUAUAGGAAAGGAUCCAACUCAUCAGAGGCUGGAACAGAUUGGUGUACAAAUAGUGACGAAUAACUUACCUGAAACAGUGAAACUGAAAGCAUGACUUGUUUGUUUCAUCAAUUAAUGCUUACUGUAUUUUUUUC